AUGGCCUCCAGGGAGGAAGUCCAAGAGCUGGAUCGCAAAGAGACCAUGGACAUCCUGUACGAGAUAUCUACGCUCCUCAAUACCGGUUUGAACAAGGAGUCUUUGGAGGCCCUGGUCGGCCUGUGUGAGCUCGGAGUCAAUCCGGAGGCCUUGGCUGCCGCCGUCAAGGAUCUCCGCACGGAGGCAGCCCGGCUGCGCAGUGACGCCAGCGAGGCUGAACUAAGGAGGGAGGCCUGA